CGUCGUCGCAGCGCGUCACGGGAGGCCAAUGAGUGGCGUGCGCGCGGCUGUCCUCGCACCAUCUUCGGCCGCAAGGGGGCUAAGGAGGGUGAACUGAAUUGGCCCCGAGGGGUAUGCGCCAUUGGAGGUGGUGCUGUUGCGGUGUGUGACUCGAGUAACCAUCGUGUGUGCGUGUUUGAUCGCGAAGGCAAGUUUUUGCGCCAAUUUGGCGGCUAUGGCACCGGCCGAGGUCAGCUCGACUCGGCGGCCGGAAUUGCAAUGUUCAAGCAAAAGCUGAUCGUAUCGGAUAGAUACAAUCACCGCGUUUGUAUCUUUGACAUGGAUGGCAACUAUCUGAGCUCCUUUGGAGGUCAUGGGCAGUCCAAUGGGAAGUUCAACAACCCAUGGGGGGUGGCUGUCGACGAGCUAGGCACUAUAUAUGUCGCUGAUAAGGAUAACCAUCGGGUACAAAUGUUCGAUAAGAACGGUUUGUUUGUGGGAAAGUUUGGAACAAGUGGGCAUGGGCCAGGACAACUGCAAAACCCUUUGUUUAUUGCUGUUAACAGAUUCAAUCAUCAGGUUUACGUGUCGGAUUCUGCAAACCAUCGAAUCUCUGUUUUUGACGUACAGGGAACAUUCUUGUUCUCAUUUGGAAGCGAAGGAUUCCAUGGUGGGCAAUUCAAAUUCCCACGUGGUGUCGCAGUGGACCCACAGGGUAAUGUCUUGGUUGCGGACUCGGGUAACAACCGAAUCCAGGUAUGAUA